GCGGAAGCGCCCCCGGCGGAGCAGACGGGGCUGGGGCGUGGAGGGAGCCGCCGCUCGGGGCCUCGGAGGCGCCAUGUCGGCCAGCGCUGUCUACGUGCUGGACCUGAAGGGGAAGGUUCUCAUCUGUAGAAAUUAUCGUGGAGAUGUGGAUAUGUCCGAAGUGGAACAUUUCAUGCCAAUCCUUAUGGAGAAGGAAGAAGAAGGGACACUUUCUCCCAUUCUUGCUCAUGGAGGAGUGCGUUUUAUGUGGAUUAAGCAUAACAACUUGUACCUUGUUGCAACUUCCAAGAAGAACGCCUGUGUCUCUUUAGUAUUCUCCUUUCUCUACAAGGUUGUUCAGGUGUUUUCUGAAUACUUCAAAGAAUUGGAAGAGGAGAGCAUUCGAGAUAAUUUUGUUAUCAUUUAUGAGCUCUUAGAUGAACUGAUGGAUUUUGGAUACCCCCAAACCACUGAUAGUAAAAUUUUACAAGAGUACAUAACUCAAGAAGGCCACAAGUUGGACACUGGAGCACCGCGUCCCCCUGCCACUGUCACAAAUGCCGUAUCUUGGCGAUCUGAAGGGAUCAAGUACCGAAAAAAUGAGGUGUUCCUGGAUGUUAUAGAAUCUGUGAACCUCUUGGUUAGCGCCAAUGGAAAUGUUCUGCGUAGUGAGAUAGUUGGAUCCAUCAAAAUGAGGGUUUUCCUUUCUGGAAUGCCAGAACUCCGUCUUGGCUUAAAUGAUAAAGUUCUCUUUGACAACACAGGCCGUGGAAAAAGCAAAUCAGUGGAACUGGAGGAUGUAAAGUUCCACCAGUGUGUGCGUCUGUCACGCUUCGAAAAUGACCGGACCAUUUCUUUCAUCCCACCUGAUGGGGAGUUUGAGCUGAUGUCGUAUCGCCUAAAUACCCACGUAAAGCCAUUGAUCUGGAUUGAAUCAGUCAUAGAGAAGCACUCCCACAGCCGCAUUGAGUACAUGAUCAAGGCCAAGAGUCAGUUCAAGCGCAGAUCCACAGCCAACAAUGUGGAGAUUCACAUUCCCGUUCCAAAUGAUGCUGACUCACCCAAAUUCAAAACUACCGUUGGGAAUGUCAAGUGGGUGCCUGAAAACAGUGCCAUCGUGUGGUCUGUCAAGUCUUUUCCGGGAGGGAAGGAGUACCUGAUGAGGGCCCACUUUGGGCUCCCAAGUGUUGAAGCAGAGGACAAAGAGGGGAAGCCACCCAUUAGUGUGAAGUUUGAAAUACCAUAUUUUACCACUUCUGGAAUUCAGGUUCGUUACUUGAAAAUAAUUGAGAAGAGUGGCUAUCAGGCAUUGCCGUGGGUGCGCUAUAUCACCCAGAAUGGAGAUUAUCAGCUACGAACACAGUGAGACACACUUGACCAACACAGACGAGAAAAGAACCCAAAACCUGGUGCUUGAAGGUCUUGGAUACUGUCUCGGGAGGGGGGAGUGAGCUUGUUGUUGCCUGGCUGGAAGAGGGAUCACUCAUACAGCCCUUGACUUUAUUCCACCCACACCCAGUGCUUGGACCAUUAGUGCAGACCUUGUUAAUGUUUGCUUUUUGUUCUUUACCUAAUUCAGUGUUGAUCAUGUUAGAAUUAGCAGUUGUCCUGAGAGGAGGUCAGGAGCCAGUUUCAGGAGGGGCCAGCCACUUUCCCCCCGCAGCUGUAGAAGGUCCAGUCCAUUUGCAACAUAUUUCUGAUGCUUUGCUAUCAUAAGCCAGUCCUCAUUUACUGAAGAAUUGCCUGCUGACAUUUAGUAGUUCUAAUGAAUCCUGGGUUGUCAUUUCACUCUUCUUUAGGGAUGUCCAUGUUGUUGGUGCUGAAGUCUUUCAUGAAGGACUGGAGCGAUCGUCUAUAUAGUGCCCAGAGAUGUCACAUUUGCAAAAUUAGCCCAUUUUACUGACUUCCCCCCGCUCAAGGGAGAGAGUGAGACAAGCAGGUGGUGCUUGAUGUAUUUUAUGCAAGGCCAGCUGCAGAGCUGAGAGUGAAAACAUGGUUUGUGCAGCGCUAAUUGCCCCAAACAGCCAAGGAUGUGGCAAGCCUGUAUCUGGAGUCAGAUCACUUCACGCUGCAGGGUAGGCUCAUAUGACCAAUUGCUUCUCUAAACGUACAGAAAACAAGCAUGUUUUGAUGGUCCAGCCUAGCCUCCUUCUUCAUGUGCUGGUUUUCUCCACCACCCAAGCCCCCACAGUAUCUGGGAGAGUCACAAGAAUGUAGAAUGCAUGAACUUGGCAGUUGUAGCAAACCUAAUGAGAGGCAUAGAAUGGUUGUCCAUUACUUGGGGGGUGGGGGGGGGAUUUAUCCCUUUCCAUCAUCUUCUUAUGAUUUGGUAUCUCCAUUGGCUCCUGAUCACUGACUUCUUUCUGCUAAGUGCCCAGUUGGCUUUUUCUGCCAAAAAGGAAAAAUGUUACAAUGUCCUUUGUCUGAGUUGCCACCUGUAUUUUACGUUUUCUUUUACCCUGUACAUUAGUGGUCUGCAGUUUCAUCACAUGUUUACAAUGGCUACAUCAGUGUUUGCUUUUUAAAAGACAGAUUUAAAAAUGAAUUCAGGAACUUAAUGCUGUGGAUGUGUUUAACCAGAAUGUUUUGGAUGCUAUACAUUUUGUCACCAAAAGUGCUGACCAAGUGAAAGCUCAGGGACUCACCCUGAAAGCUGUAGAAGUGGAGCAGUUACUGGGGCGCUUGUGGUCUCCUAGGUGUGCGAGUGCUAGGUUACCCGCAAUUGCACUUAAAUAUUUGGUGGAAAGAAGUGUAGCUUCUUCAAGGAGUUAUUGGGGGGGAGGAAGAAGGGAUUUAUUUCAGUACUGCAAGAACUGGUUCUUUGACAUCAGAACACUGUUGCUCUGUGUUAGACAAGACACACUAUCGGUCACACAUCAUGUUUGGAAAAAGUCAUUGUAUUUUUUGCCUAAAAGUCUGUUGAAAUAAACUGAACUUUCUUGGUCAGUA